UUUAUUUUGUCACCUGCCGUUUCUCAUCUCUCUCUCUCUCUCUCGUAAAUCAGCAGUGCCAGUCUCUGUACAGUCCCCAGCCGAUAGUGCAGUGAGAGCAAUCUGAUCAUUUUCCGCCGCUCAAGCCGGCCAUGGAUGCUCUGCUAUGCAAGCAACUGGGCGAUCCUACCCUCUCGCCAGUGCCAUCUGCAAUCGACAACGAUAAUGGCUCCCCGAUUGUUCUGGACCCAAAACACCCGAUCCCAGAAUUGAAGACACCCACUUCAGUUCUCGUGCGGGUGAAAGCAACGAGCUUGAACUACGCCAAUUAUCUGCAGAUCCUGGGCAAGUACCAAGAGAAGCCGCCUCUCCCUUUCGUUCCCGGCUCCGAUUACUCGGGCGUGGUCGAGGCGAUCGGCUCCGGGGUUUCCAAUUUCAGAGUGGGUGAUGAAGUUUGUUCCGUUGCCGCUCUUGGGUCGUUCGCUCAGUUCAUUGUCGCCGAUGAGUCCGAAUUGUUUCGGGUUCCGGAAGGAUGUGAUCUUGUGGCAGCUGGUGCCCUUCCUGUUGCAUUUGGAACUUCACAUGUUGCUCUUGUUCACAGAGCUCAGUUGACCGCUGGUCAGGUCUUGCUUGUUCUCGGUGCAGCUGGGGGUGUUGGAACUGCAGCGGUGCAAAUCGGAAAGGUUUGUGGAGCCGUUGUUAUUGCCGUCGCCAGGGGAGCUGAAAAGGUGCAGUUUUUGAAGUCCAUGGGUGUCGAUCAUGUAGUAGACUUGGGCAAUGAGAAUGUCAUUUCAAGUGUCAAGGAGUUCCUCAAGGCAAAGAAGCUUAAGGGGGUUGACGUAUUGUAUGAUCCAGUAGGAGGCAAGCUUACAAAAGAAUCCAUGAAGCUUCUCAACUGGGGAGCGCAGAUUUUGGUUAUAGGGUUUGCUAGUGGUGAGAUCCCAUUGAUACCUGCAAAUAUUGCUCUUGUGAAGAACUGGACGGUGCAUGGACUGUAUUGGGGCAGCUACAGAAUCCAUCGACCCCGCGUUCUCGAAGAUUCCCUUAGGGAGUUGCUCUCCUGGUUGGCAAAAGGCUUGAUUACUGUCCAGAUUUCUCAUGCCUUUGCCCUGUCGGAGGCCAACCUUGCGUUCGCCGCUAUCAAAGACCGGAAAGUGAUAGGGAAGGUGAUGGUCAUUUGUGAAGGUCCUGGGAGCAGAAGAUCUAAAAUUUGACAUGGCAAUGAGGCAAUGCUGGGAUUCAGAAUAAUAUACUUCGGAAUAAUACUCCUACAGCUCUUCAAGAUAAGACUAGUGUAUGUACUCUGCAUUUGUUACAUGUUUGGAUCCUGUAAUUCACCUAAGAAACGAAUUUCAUACCAAGGAGAAUUACUCUGUCAAAAUUUACUAA